AUGGCCAGCAGUCCUGAGAAUAACGCAUCCCUCUCCAGUCAGACAGUCACACACUCAGAAAGUUCCCAAGCAAAGAAGUCCCAGCAUGCCGAAGAAGCAAUCUUUUACAUGAACUGCCGAGCAGCUUAUCUAACUGUUUUAAAAAGCAGUUUAGAAAAUAUUAAAUCAAAAGAACAACUCAGUUUAGUACUUCAACAGGCUGGAAGAAAUCCAUCUCAGAAGACAGUUAAUAAAUAUUGGACUUCACAAACAACUACACUGAAUUUUGAUGAUUUUUGUACUAUUUUAAAAAAAGAAAAACCAGCUACAAAACCUGAACUGCUCGAAGCAUUUGGAAAAAUAGACAGAGAUAACACUGGAUAUAUUUCACAUGAUGAACUUUAUAAAAUUCUUACAACGAGAGGCGAAAAAAUGACUCGGGAUGAAGUGAGUACCAUUGCUAAACAAGUUGAUUUUAACUGCAGUGGCAAACUUGACUACAACAAGUUUUGUGACUUAUACAUGGCAACCAGUGAGCAGUGCUGCAAGACUGCACGGGAGAAACUGGAAGUUGAUAGUCGAUUGAGGCAACAGCAGUUUGGAAGUCAAGCUGAAACUUCCUCUGAAGGGAUCGCAGUGUCAAAACCAUCACCAAGACUCUCAAGGAAAACUGAUCACAAACUAGCAUCAACAAAAGGUGAUAGCAGAACUCCUUCGAGACCCUCAUCAGCUCAAAGUUGCAAAGCGUCCAUUUCUACCACUAUCAGCAUGGGUGCCAGUACCAACAGAAACACAAAGCUAAUUGAGCCAGACACAAAGGAAUGGCAGUGUGCACAAUCCAAAGGAUGUUUCUACUUAGAAGAAGAUGGUGAAAUCAUUAGUCACAAGUACAAGUUGCACUUACCUCAAAGGUCUACAGUAUGUAUUACCAUCAAGCCUUUAAAUGUUCGUCAGGUAGAAGGAAAAUCUUGUCAUUGCUUGUCAGUGGAUACAGCUUUGUAUAUUCUGAAGGAAAAUGAAACCCAAGAAAAUCUACAGCUUGUGAGCUUUACUGAACAACAAAACAAAGAGGUGUCUGGAUGGAAGGGGGAGCUUGGAUCAGGCAUUUACUGGUUGCUCCCAUUCACAACAGGCUGUAGGUUGAAGAAGGUAAAAACACAAAUUACUGGAGAAGCAAAACUGGUGUAUAGAGGUGAAGAUGGAGAACUGGCUCUGACCAAAGAGUUCCGAGCCGCUUUAUUGGAUAUAUUUGAGACAAUUGAUUUGGAUGGAAAUGGCCUUCUGAGUUUGGAGGAAUACAAUUUCUUUGAACUGCGAACUAGUGGUGAGAAAUGUGAUGAGGAAGCAUGGGCUGUAUGUAAGGAGAAUUUUGAUAUGAAGAAGAACGAACUAACAAGACAAGGAUUUAUGGAUUUGAAUCUCAUGGAAGCCAAUGACCGUGAAGGGGAUCCUAGUGACCUUUGGGUCACUUUAUUGUCUCUGGGCUACAAUAAAGCAUUAGAAAUGACAGAGGCAUGCCCCUUUGUCAUUGACAUCUAUGCAGAAAAAUGCAAACCCAGAAUUAAAGCCAUAUAUCUAGAGGCAGGGAGCUGGCAACUCAACAGGGCUAUUUGCAAGUCUGUUGUUAAUAAAGGAGAGGCCAAAGUAAUGGACAGCUGUGAAAACAUAAUCAUCUAUACCUACAAAGCAGCCAGAAGAAUCACUUCUGUUAUUGAAAAUAAGUCUGAAAACAAAGUGAUUAUUCAUGUCAACAAUGAGCAGAGUAAGAACUGCCUAAGUAAUAGGGGACUUACUGUUUUUGCUGUGGAAGUGGCACCAAAAUCCAUGAUGGUUUCUCAGCAUGUGAUGCCACUGAACGAGCAGGAAGAAUGGCUUUAUAAUUGUGUGCAUUCCCUCUUACGUUAA